GUUCGGCUUAACACCAAUUUCACGCAGAUGCUAUUAAAUAAAGUGCUAACCAAUUUCACACUUGAUCGCCUACAGACGGCUGUGUCCCUCUUUACCUGAUAAGAGCAGCACCCAGAGAAAAUUCAGUUUAACUCGAAAUCGUAAUGCAGAAGGCUGAAAGACGUCUUCAGGCCAUUUUUCAAAAGUACAAUAAUUCUAAUUUCGCCAAAACUGAUUAUUCCAAGCUAGAUGUAACGAAAAGAAUUUUCAAAAAAUCUUACAUAUUCUUAAAUAAAACUACCACAUUUUUUUUCCUAGGAAUCCUCUCUAUUUUCUUCGUUACGUCUCAGACUGAGUUAUUUAGCACCUCAACGUGCUUGAUCACCAUGCCAUCUGAUGCAUCAAAAUGGUUUCGCGAACCGGAAAUCUGCGACAUUUGCGAAGGUGUGACCCAAGUUAUUAAAAUAAAAAACGUUUCGGCUGCUGCUUUCUACAGAGAUUAUGUUUUACCGGCUACACCGGUUGUUGUUAUGGACGGAGCUAAAUACUGGACAGCUCAGAAAAAUUUUUCGUUCGAUUUUUUUAAAAAACUGUAUCAAACAUCCGACGAUUCAGUUUCUUGUCAAUUUUUUCCUUAUAAAACUGAGUUUUCUUCUUUACUGGAAGCUUUGGAAAUGGACCCGAAACGUGCCCGUUUGGAAAGUGGUCAGAAACCCUGGUAUAUAGGAUGGAGCAAUUGUAACGACGAAGCGGGAAAAAUUCUGAGACAGUAUUAUGACGUUCCAUACUUUUUACCGAACACUUCAGAGAAUAUAGCACUAAACUGGAUCUUCAUGGGGGGACCAGGACAAGGUGCCCAUAUGCAUGUGGACAAUGUCCAGUUUCCUUCGUGGCAGGCACAACUUCGGGGAAGAAAACUAUGGCGAUUGGCGCCACCGCCAGAGUGCUAUUAUAAGUGCCAAGAAAUGGAGAUUACGGUCGAAGCUGGAGAAAUAAUUGUGGUGGAUACGAACCGCUGGUAUCAUCAAACUUUUAUCCUGCCCGGAGAGAUCAGUAUCACUAUAGGAUCAGAAUUUGACUAAUGUUUGAUGUAUGUAACAAAUGAUCUGUUAUUAUCACCGGAACAAGCAUUAACAAUUUCUUUUUUGAUUUUGAACAAUAACUGUCAGUUUAUAGAAAUGCUGUAAUUCGUUAUUAUUUAAUAAUCAAUAAACACUAGCAUGA